UAAAAUUAAAUUACGGUUUCGAUUCCAAAAUUGAAAAAAGAGUCAAUGGCGUCGCGUACAUGUCUUCUCUUCCUUCUCGUUGCGUUUCUCGCCGGAGCACUUGCCGGAGACGUCAUCGAAGUCAACCGAUCUCAGAGUCAGAGAGAGUUCGAUUAUUUCGCUCUCUCUCUUCAGUGGCCUGGAACAUACUGCCGCGCAACUCGUCAUUGCUGCUCCAAAAACGCUUGCUGUAGAGGCUCUGAUUCUCCAACUCAGUUCACCAUCCAUGGGUUAUGGCCUGACUAUAACGAUGGUUCAUGGCCUUCUUGUUGUUAUAGAUCUGACUUUAAUGAGAAGGAGAUCUCAACGUUGAUGGAUGGUCUUGAGAAGUACUGGCCUAGUCUUAGUUGUGGUUCUCCAUCAAACUGUCAUGGUGGAAAAGGGUCCUUUUGGGGCCAUGAGUGGGAGAAACAUGGGACUUGUUCUUCUCCUGUUUUUCAUGAUGAGUUUAAUUACUUCCGUACCACAAUUAAUCUCUACUUGAAGUAUAACCUCACGGAUGUCCUUUAUAAAGCUGGCUAUGUUGCUUCCAACAGCGAAAAGUAUCCUCUAGGAGGUAUCGUAACAGCCAUUCAGAAUGCAUUUCAUAUCAACCCUGAAGUGCAAUGCAAAAGAGAUGCAAUCGAUGAAAUACGUAUAUGCUUCUAUAAGGAUUUUGAGCCCAGGGACUGUGUUGGUUCCAAAGAUUUGACAUCUAGAAAAUCAUGUCCCAAGUACGUAAGUUUGCCGGAAUACACGCCAUUGGUUGGACAAGAGGCAAGAGCAUUAGAUAAGUGAUGGAUAUAUGAUAAAAUGAUAAGACAUAUAUUUGUGUUAUCCAGAUGGUGAGGCUAUGGUUCUGAAGAUGCCAACAGAUAGAGAAGCUCUUUGAAUGGGAGCCUUGUUAUUUACUUAGAGGCAAUACAUAUUACUUGUCUCUGAUGUUGUACUUUUACAGCCAAACCUAUAAACAAUGAAUAAAGAAGAUUGGCUUAUUAUCGUCCUAUUAAAUAUGAAUCAUUACUGAUAAAUCAA